AUGUCUGACAUUGCCCCUCUACAAUCUAUGAUACCACCUGGUAGUAGCCCAGCCUACCCAGAAUUACACUACAAUGAUGCUGGCAAUGCCUAUACAUGCAAUGCAGCUGGUGCUUGGGUUCCUCACCCAGGAAUUUGCAAGGCUAUUACUACAUCUCAACAGUCUUUUUGCAUCAAACAUGGGGAGCCCCAACUGAGUCUUAGCUGUGAGCUUGGCACCUACACACUCAGAACUCCAGCCAUGUUCCAAUCCAAGGAAGACACACCACUCUUACUGUCCAGUUAUCAUACUCCUCUGCACCAGAUGCUGAUGAACAGUAUGAUCGAUCCUGCAUUCCUUCCCCUACCUGAAUCUGGUGAUCUUGACUUGACUGACACUGUAACUAUUGCAGAGGCUCAAGGCCACACUCCAGUGGUCAAAGCAGCAGGCUUGCAUCACCAGGUCAAAGGCCUGAGGGGCAAAGGUAAAACCAAGGAAAAUUUGACAUCUGCUAACUCAAAAAAGCAUUCCCGAGAGUACGCUGAUGAAGAUGAUGAGGCACAUGUGCAGCAAGGCUGCCCUCAAGGAUCUAACAACUAUAUGAUUUCAGAUGUGACUAUUCUUCUUGACAUGGUCUGUCAGGAGCCCCCCCUUGGUCAAUGUGGGUGGCAGGCUGUCCAUGUCAAGUUUUGCCAAUGGGUGAAAGCAAAUGGCCAUCCUGAGCACAAAGUCACUUCACUCGAGAUGAAGUUCAAGCAGCUUGUAAAGACUAUGAAGCCCACAGGAGAUGGUGUCUGCCCUCCAGAUGUCACAUGUGCACUUCGCAUUGAUCAACUUAUCAACGAGUGUGCGGGAACCUGUGACCUGGAUGAUAUGGAUUUUGAUACCAUUGAAGAUGAUGACAAUCACUCUGUUGUCUCCAAUGAGAUCAACAUUCAGGAUGAGCCAUACCAUACCUUCCCCCAGUUCAGCACACUGCUGUUGCAUGCUUCACUGCUCACACAGAUGCCCCUGUUCCGCAUUGCAAUGCUCGAGGAGCUGCAGCUACAGAUCUCCUCACUCACCUUUCUGGAGCUUUUGACCCAGCUGCCCAAGCCAGCAGCUGUGUGA